AGAACAUUUUUCAGGACAUCACAGACAAUUUAGAGAAACAUUACGGACCAUGAUUUAUAAUGUUAUAAACAUGAUUUUUUAAAUUUUAUUCUCCCCCGCUCUUCAUACUUUUAUACAUACAUUUUGAUAUGACACCCAACUAACCGAGACAAAAAUCCAAUUGAUUAAUGCUUAUUAUGUGACCAUUGUAAAUUCUGCUGAAAUUCCAUUAGGUGUUAGAGACCCAUGUACACCUACAGUAAAUAAGUCUAUAGUAAAAAAAAAAUUAAUAAAAUAAUAUGUAAAAUAAUUAUGUUCUUGAUGAACAAAAUAAGAAACUAUGUCAGUUAAAACAGAUGUAAGAUAACAAACAAAUAUUUACUGGUAAAGUUGGUUUCACAAAGCAAUCAAGCACAUAUAAGAAUAUAUAAAUAUAUACAUAAUUCACAAAUAUACAACAACAACAACAAUAAUAUAUAGCACAUCAAACAUUGUCACCAUAAUUAUUCACACUGGGCUGUUAAGUCUCGCACAUUACUUCAGGAGGCUUUUGUUCUUCGAAUAUUCUGCUGUCAGCUUCACUAGUCGUCCUUUUGUCAAUGUUGCAGCUUGUAUCUGGUAGCGGCAUAUUUGCAAACUGAUGUUUAAAACUAGUAAUUUUGGUAAUCAUGGGCGGUAUAUUAUCAAAGAAAUAUAUAUUAAACUGACCACCUUUCAUUGCCAAAAAUUAAUGUGUGAAAACCAAUUUUGAUGGCAUACUUUCACUUAACCAUUCAUCAAUUAAAACAGAUGUAGCGGAAAACAAACAGAUAUGACAAUCCAAAGUUUAUUUCAGAAAGUAAUCAAGCAUCUAUAAGAACAUAUAAAUAUUCACAUACACAAAUAAAAAUGAAAAUCAUUGUCCAUUAUAUCCCCAGAUUCGGUACGUUAUAAAGUUAAAACAAACUCUAAAUAAAAUUAUAAAUCAAUUUUUUUUAUCAUGGUCUGUAAUGUCAGCAAAUAUGGUACGUUAUAAAGUUAAAACAAAAUGUAUGUUAUCUUAUAAAUCAUGGUCUGUAAUGUCUUUAAAUAUGGAACGUUAUAAAGUUAAAACAAACUUUUAGUAAAAUUAUAAAUCAUGACUUAAAAUAUGGUAUGUUAUAAUGUUAAAACAAUCUGUAAUAUGGUCCAUUAUGUACCAAAUAUGGUCCGUUAUGUAUGGUCCGUAAUGUCUAUGGUCUGUAAUGUCUGUGACCCAGCUUGUUAGUUAAGUUUACACCAACUUUCAAUAGCUUGCUGUCCUUGGUAAUCAUUGAGAUGGUAGAAGAAUUCAAACACAGUUUUCUUAGACUGUGCAGGGAGCAUGGCCUGGAAGCUCAGGAUUGUGUUGUUAAUCUACUGAAAAGCCUGGAGCAUUCUUCAAAGAAGGAAAAGCUGGUGUUGAAUCUCUCGACUAACAGUCUGACUAGCAAGACAUGUGCAGUGCUGGGGAAAAUAGUUGCAGCAGACCACACAUUUGUUGAGUACAAGUUUGCCGACUGCAUGCUCAGUGAAGAUGCUGUCAAAGGGUUGGCCUAUGGAUUCUCCAGGAAUAGCUAUGUCAGGAAAUUGGACUUAAAGGGCAAUAAUAUUCGCGGUUCUGCUGCUGAGGCACUUGGAAAGAUGUUGCGACACAAUAAAAGUAUUCUAAGCCUGUGUCUGGAGUGGAAUGCUUUAGGAAUGCUGGACAACGCCUUCACCAUAUUCUGCGAGGGGGUGGGGGCAAACUCUAAGCUUCAGGCACUUGACCUCCGCAACAACCAGAUCAGCCAUGACUCUGCAGCAGAACUCUGCAGGGCACUUAAACAGAAUAGCAGCAUUAGGGCACUCGAUCUGCGCUGGAACAAUGUAGGACUCCUGGGGGGAAGGGCCAUUGUGGAAAUGUUGCAGACGAACAAGAUCAUUACACGCAUUGAACUUGCUGGCAACAACAUUCCAGCUGAUAUCCUUAAGGCUAUAGAGACUGCACUGAGCCAGAACCAGGACCGGGAGUUGAUUACAGACGACCACCAGAAGAAGACAUCCAUGCUCACCAAACACAUUCACCAUAUCGAAAAGGAGCGUGCUACUCAGAUGGAUGAACUGAUGGGAACAAUAGACCAACAGGAGGAACUGUUAAGGAAGGGGAAAAGGUCAUCUAAUGACAAGAUCAGCCAGUUACAAGUGGCCCUCGGUGAGAGGAAGGCAGCAUUCAACUCUCUUGCAUCAAAAUUAGCCAUGACAGAGUCUGAAUUGGCCCUUGUGGAACAGAAAUGUAAUGAUUACAGCGUGAUCAUCACACGCCUGAAACAGGAGCUCUCUGAAUCUUCCAGCGUGCACCAAAGUGACAUACGCAGAGAAAGAGAGGACAGGGGCAACACAGAGAUGAAAUUGUUGAAGGAGUUGUCAGAGGCCAAUGAAAGAAACAUAAGCUUUGAAACCAAGGUUGAGGACCUAGAGCGGAAGACUCGCCAGCAGACAGAACAGAUUUUUGGCUACAAGGAGCAGAUAACUUCGCUACAGGCUGAAAUCAAGAUGAAGGGCUCGCAGUUUGAAGAACGUCUCCAGAGUGAGAGAAGCAGAAAUAAAGAUGGCCUUCAUGAGGCAGAGCUGAUCAGACAGAAAGAGGUGUCCCGGCUGAAGACAGAGUUUGAGGAGACGGAAAAGGCGUUACGUGAGCGUAUCAACCGUCUGGAGAUGUCCCGUCUGCAACUAGAGGAAGAGAUCAGCCAGCUGAAGACGGCAGCCGUCACUGACAAACUGCACGCAGAGGAAAAUAUCAGCAUCGCAAAACAGAAGGUCAAACUGGAGGAGGAGAAUCGUGUGAAGGCCUUGGAGGAGAAACUGCGCGUGUUGUCCGUGUCACGGGACGAUCUCCAGGCCCACCACAACCAGCAUAACACCUCCAUCAAAGAACUCACGUCCAAAAACAGCUCCCUCACACUGGAGGUGGAGUCUUACAAGCGCAGGAUUGAAGAACUCUCUGAGGAGGUGAACAACAAGAACAUGCACACAAUGCAGGAGGUCGGGAAGGUUCGUAUCGAGCUUCAGAGUGUGCACACUAAGCUGGACAACGAGAAGGCCAUACAGCGUGAACUUCGAGACAGACUCACAGAGGCUGAUAAUAAACUUUCGGAACAAAUGAUGAAACACAGAGACCUGUUGGAAAGCAAGGAAAGGGAGAUCACCCAUCUGCAGGAGAAGUUACGGGCAAGAGAGGCAGAGUUAUCCCGCUCUAGGGAGGAGGAGAUGCAGCGAGCACAAAUUCUACAGAGUGCUGUUAUGAACUAUGUGAGCAAGGUGCCGAGCAGCCCAAGAUGAGGGGGAAAUACUUAGACAUCAAGAUUUUAGUGUCCAACGAAAAUUUAUUUAGCAUUAAAUGUAGUUGCUUAUGGUGCAAAAAUAUGCCAAUUAACAUGAAACAGAUUGUUGUAACACAUAUCUAACUCAUUACAAGUUAAAAGGUAUAAGUGGCUCUAGAUAAAUGUAGAUAGUGACUGCAAAUAUUUGUUCCUAACAAAUAUAAUUAGAACAUGAAAGCUUUAUUUAUUUUACAGUGUUUUCAUUCUGUCCAUUUUAUGGUUAGGGAAGAUGGUUGGGCUUUUUUU